CCAGCUAGCACCUCUUUUCUAUUCACUAAAAUUCUAAUCUGGUUAAAGUUUUUGAAUCAAACGCGAACUGUACACGGCGCUUUUUUCUCAUGUUCCUUUUUUCAUGUUUCCUCGCCAGCAAGCUGAGGCCAGUUUUCGUUUAAGCCGUUGUUUCCACGCUUCAGUGGCGAAUUCAAAUGGCUUUCUCGUAUUUUUCGCGCCUUCAAUAAUUCAACAGGUUUCCUCUAACUGGUGCGACCUGUUGAUCGUAAACCAAAUUAGGAAUUAUAGUCGCUGGCAUUUGUAAACGAGCCGAGAAGUCGUCGCUUGGUUCUAUUUGGAAAGCAGCUAGAGUUGAAAGAUUUUUUUGCCCUAUAAGAUGUUGUGUUAUUAAGCCGUCUCUAGAUAUUUCUAUUGACUUUAUAAAGAAUGGAUAAUGUGUGUUUCACGCAAAGAAGAGUAGCAAGGACCAAGAGAUAAAGAACUGAAAUGACUUCGCAAGGUAGGUUACGAAUAGCCCUCACAAAAAGGUAGUUAAUGCAAUUCGCUAUGCCAAAGCUAUCAACUCAUCACUGAAUUCAAGUCUGGAAAAAACCUUGGGCUUGCUUCAUCGAGAGUUUGAGAAGGAAUUUCGUCGUAUCGUCGAGGUACAACAAACAGCUCUUGGGGAGUUUCCGGAGCUUGAAAGGUAUUUUCGUUCAACAUUUUCAGGUGUUACAAAUAAACAGUUUCGAAGACAACUUAGCGAAGCUUUGGCAAGUAAAAGGAGGACAGAGGAGUUUAAACGAAUCCGAACCCGUCUGUCUUUACCAAGUUUAUCACCCGUUGAACCUAUAAGUCACGAAGACAACGUUUAUGUUCCGCUAUCUCGCUCUAAAAAGGAUAGUGAGAUUGUGUAUCUUCCACCUAUAUGAUGGUGUAUUUUAUUCACUGAGAUUUGCUCUGUUUGGAGACAUUUUAUUUCUCGACUGUGUCAGUCUUUUGCCACCAGUUCGGCUUGCAUCAUAAAAUCCUCAAGUGUGAGCACCUCGUGUAAUACUGUUUGUUACGUGAGGUUGCACUAGCACAUGAUAUGACGUUUUAAUCGGAUGAAAUUCUGUGUAUCCAAUCAAGUGAACAGCUACUAAGCCGUUCUUUUCUGUCGUGCUUGCCAUUUUUUAAUGCUAUACGAAGUGGCUCCAUUUUGUUGAGUCUGCGGAUGAAAUCCAAAUGACAUCCAACCCAGCAGUGAGAUCCUCUGGUAUUGUUUGUCCUGUGUGUACGAAGUGGUUCUCACUUUAGAAUCUGUGAAUAAAAUUGGAAAGUGU